GCUCACUAGCUACGUAUACACCGGUCAUUACACCGGUUAGUGCUGCACUCAGAUUUACAAUCAACUCGAGAUUCCCACGCCUUGUUUCAGUGUUUACCUACUUACCAAGUGUUACAGCGUAACAGUGUGUACUGCUUCGUCCCACCCGUCGGCGACGUUGGCAGGGCAAGUCGAUGCUUUCGACGGCCAUCCCCACCUCUCAUCUCUCAGCCUCUAUCUGACGCUGUUUCUGGCUGUGGACGUAUCGUUGCCCGGCGCAACCUCGUCCGAAUCUGUCCUUUCUUUCGCUCUCGUGAUGCCGGUAUACAGACCCUUGUCCCGCCUGCUGCCCUACACCGUCGGGGCGAUCUUUCUCUGGGGCCUUCUCUAUCUCGCCUGGCCUGUCUUCGACCACUUGCCGCCUCUCCCGCCUCCGCCUCAUGCACCUCUGCGCCAGCACCCCCACUUCCCGCCGCACGGCUCGUCGCGCAAGUGGGGAGCACGCGCCGAUGCCGUUCGCCACGCCUUCUUACAUGCGUACACGGGAUACCAGGAGCAUGCAGGUCAGGGCGACGAGCUCAAGCCUGUCUCGGAGGGCUCCGUGGACAACUUCAAUGGCUGGAGGCUCACGCUCGUGGACGGCAUGGAUACCAUGUGGAUAAUGGGCCUCCAUAAGGAGUUCUAUGAUGCACUGACCACAGUCGCAGAGCUGGACUUCCAUCUUGACGAGGGCUCCUUCGCUCCCUUCUUUGAGACAGUUAUUCGUUACCUCGGCGGGCUGCUGUCCGCUUACGCUCUCUCCGGCGAGCCUGUGCUCCUCAACCGCGCGGAUGACCUUGGCUCGAUGCUGCUCCCCGCCAUGAGUACCGACUCGGGCCUCCCGAUGUACGCUGUUAAUACCAAGACCGGUGAGACGAGAGAAGGAUGGACGAGGGGCAUUGUGCUCUGGGCCGAGGCGCUCAGCUGCCAGCUCGAGUACAAGUAUCUCGCUCACAUCACGGGGCGACAAGAGUAUUUCCAGCGCGUCGAGCACAUUAUGGACCUCAUGCACGAUGCAAAUGUUACCGACGGGAUGUUCCCUACAAAGUGGAACCUCAGCAAGGGCAUCCCCACUAACACCCAGUUCUCUGUCGGCGCGUUCGCAGACAGCGCACACGAGUAUCUACUCAAGCAAUGGUUGCUCACGUCCAAGUCCGAGCCACAGGCGCUUGAUCUCUACUUGCGCGCCUCCACCAGCAUCGUCGAGAACCUCCUCUACCUCACGCCCAACCGGCGGUUGCUCUACGUCACCGACGUGACGAACUCGCACCCCUCGUACACCUUCGAGCACCUCUCGUGCUUCCUCCCCGGCCUCCUCGCGCUCGGCGCGCACACGCUCGGGGCCGCCCUCGACCCGCGCGUGCGCGACAUCCACGCCUGGGCCGCGCAGGGGCUCGCGUACACCUGCUGGAUGACGUACGCGGACCACGAGACGGGGCUGGGGCCCGACGAGAUGCGGAUGGAGCAUGUGCCGCGGAGCGAGGAGAGCCCGUACGGCGGGCUGUGGCUGUACGAGGUGGACAAGUGGGAGGAGGCGGGCAAGCCCGGGGGCGUGCCGCCCGGGCUGCAGGAGGGCCCGCCGAUGCCCGCGGGGAAGCGCGACUAUCGGGUGCAGAAGGCGGGGUAUUUUCUGAGGCCGGAGACUGUGGAGAGCUUCUACUUGAUGUGGAGGACGACGGGGGACGAGGUGUGGCGCGAGCGGGGCUGGGCGGUGUUCCAGGCGAUCGAGCGGGAGGCGAAGACGAAGAGCGGGUAUGCGAGCCUGCAGAGCGUCGAGAAGUCGCCCGCGCCGAAGAAGGAUGAGAUGCCCAGUUUCUUCUUGGCAGAAACAUUGAAGUACCUAUACCUGUUGUUCACGGACGAGGAACUUAUACCACUAGAUCAGUGGGUCUUCAAUACUGAGGCCCACCCUCUGCCUGUCUUCCAAUGGACAGAGUGGGAGAAGAAGGCGUACGGAAUUAUAUAACGUAUAUGUAUCAUUAUCUAUGGACAGGUCGGAAGCUUUCGCGUUGCUCAGCACAGACUCG